UCCGGGGACGCCGCGCUCGCCUCUUCCUGCCCGCGCACCGAGGGACGGAGGCGCCGGGCCGGGGGUGCCCCGGACGAGUCGGGACGAUGGUGGCCACCGGCCCCGGCCCCGGGCUACUGCCGCCGCUGCUGCUGCUGUGCCUGACCGCCCUCGCCCCGCCGCCGCCUCCCGCCGCCGCUCAGCCGCCGCCGGACGCUCUCCGCGCCGGCCACGCCGCCUCCUCGCUGCCCGCAGCCGCCGCCGCGCAGCGUACCAGGUACCUCUUGUAUGAUGUAAAUCCUCCUGAAGGGUUCAACCUUCGCAGAGAUGUUUAUAUUCGCAUUGCUUCCCUUCUAAAGACUUUGCUGAAAAGUGAGAACUGGGUGUUAGUUUUGCCUCCUUGGGGACCUCUUUAUCACUGGCAGAACCCAAACAUCCUUCAGGUCCGGAUCCCUUGGUCUGAGUUCUUCGAUCUCCCAAACCUCAACAGGAACAUCCCUGUCAUUGAAUAUGAGCAGUUCCUUGCAGAAUCAGGUGGGCCCUUUAUUGAACAGAUUUAUGUUCUACAAGGCUAUGCAGAAGGAUGGAAAGAAGGAACAUGGGAGGAAAAAAUAGAUGAAAGGCCGUGCAUUGAUCAGCUUGUGUACUCCAAAGACAAACAUGGGUACUACAGGGGAUGGUUCUGGGGUUAUGAGGAAACACGAGGCCUAAAUGUCUCUUGUUUGUCUGUCCAAGGGUCUGCCUCUAUUGUGGCUCCCAUCCUUUUGAAGAACACUACAGCAAAGUCAGUGAUGUUAGACAGAGCUGAAAACCUUCUUCACGACCACUACGGAGGGAAAGAUUAUUGGAAUACCCGUAGGAGCAUGGUGUUUGCUAAACACCUCCGUGUAGUGGGAGAUGAGUUUAGAAACAAAUAUCUUCAAUCCACGGAUGAAGCAGACAGGACUCAUUACAAAGAGGACUGGACACAAAUGAAGGUUAAGAUUGGCACAGCUGUUGGUGGUCCAUACCUUGGGGUUCAUCUCAGAAGGAAAGACUUCAUUUGGGGUCACAGAGAAGAUGUUCCUUCCCUGCAAGGAGCAGUCAAGAAAAUCCGCAGCCUCUUGGAGAUCCUUAAACUUGAGAAAGUUUUUGUAGCCACUGAUGCUGUUGAGGAGGAGGUUGAACUGCUCAAGAAAUUGCUGCCUGAGAUGGUGAGGUUUGAACCCUCUUGGGAGGAGGUGGAACUCUACAAAGAUGGGGGCCUGGCUGUGAUUGACCAGUGGAUCUGUGCACAUGCAAGGUAUUUUAUAGGCACCUCAGUUUCAACAUUUUCCUUCCGGAUCCAUGAGGAAAGGGAGAUCUUGGGAUUUGAUCCAAAAACAACUUACAACCGAUUCUGUGGUGAGAAAGAGAAAAACUGUGAGCAGCCAACUCACUGGAAAAUUGUAUACUAAAAUACAGAGAAAUCCAAGGACGUUUAUACCGGCAAGCUCAAAAGAAUAAGGAAAAACUAUGGGACUCUACCCUCUUCUCAGUGUUUACCUGAUAUUUGGGUUUUGAAGUAUAAGCAAUAUUCACCUGCUUAGCCAGGCACUGGUGGGAGUGAGGAAGAUGAAGUCAGCCUGGGAUCCAGUUCUAGGAUUAGAAGACAAUACCAGACACUGCAAUUGAGCCUUGAAAGGCAGAAGGUUGUCCUGAAACUGAGUAACAAAUGAAGUAAGUUGCAGUUUUCUUUGAAGCUAUGAGGAAGAAGAGGAACAAUUUAACUUUUAUAAACAUAAUACAGCUCUGGUCUGUUACAUA